AUGCUUUUAUUACGGUUAAACCUUCGGCAAAAGGUUUAUAAAUGUAACUUUCAAGGAGAUAUCGCAAUACCAGACGUCGAUUACUACAAACCUAGAAACGCUCCGAGUUCUUCUAAAAUUAAUAAAUCCCUUCAAGAAGAAGUUGAAAGACUAAAAAAGGAAGUCUUGUUAGAGGGUCUUCAAGUAGAAGAAGAAGGAUUGCCUGACAUUCUAAGAAAAAGAACCAAACAACCUUUACAGUUAUCACAAGAAAAACCGAAAAAGUAUAAUGAAGCUUCUAUUUCUUCUAAGGUUCUACCAGCAGGGCUGGACAAAUCUCUUUUGCUAAAAAAUGGUAAAUUACCGCCUGGUGAAAAUUUGGAUUAUCUUGAGCCUAUCAACUCCGUAAAUCAAACUAAUCAUAAUAUUGUUGUUGAUAACUUGACAGAAUCAGAAAGCCUAGAACAAGACGGCGUUUUAGUUGUAAACAUUUCAACUGAUAAUGUAAUGAAUCUUGACGAACUCUAUACAAAUAUUAAGUUGUCAAAUAAUUCACCUAAAGCAGAUGAAGUCAAAAAUAAAAUACAAAGUAACAGUCGUGAAAUAACUGGGGAUUCAAAUAAUAAUAACAAUAUUAAAUUCAAGUUACCAGAAAACGCAACAGUGGCACCUGCACCAACGAACGGAGACUUGUCAUCUAGCGUUCUAGAUGAUAGCAAUCAAACUAUAAAUAGGGCCGAUAAAACGAGGUAUAAACUAAAACCAGACAUAAAUGAAACUAACGAUUUACUAAAACCCACGGAAAGCCUACAAACUUUGAUUGGUGACUCUAGUGAACACAAGCGGCACAGAAGAAGGAGACAUGGUAAUAGAAGGAGACUACGCAACAUACAGUCCAUUGAGGAUUUGGAUAAAAAUAGAUCGAAGUGGUCAGAAGAAGACGAUCAAGAGAGAAAGAAGUUUUUUCGCCAUCAUAAGAAAUUUCGAAAUGAACUGGAAUACAGGAAAUUUGAAAUACCCGAGCAUGAAUUCGAAGAAAAGUUUGACGUUAAGCCACCGCCAAAGGCGCCUCUAAAGAAUAAUACAGAAAUUUUCAAAGACUGGUUUUUUCGCGAUUCUGAUAUAGACUUAGAAGAAGCCGAAAGUCAAUUUUAUAAUAAAACUGAGGAUAAAAUAAGGCACCGUAGUGCCCGCGCGGCGACAAACAGAAAAGAGCGGAUAUGGGAAAAUGGUGUGAUUCCAUAUGAAAUUGACGGGAACUUUAGUGGGGCUCAUAAAUCUCUAUUCAAACAAGCUAUGAGGCAUUGGGAAAACUUUACUUGCGUCAAAUUCGUCGAAAGAGAUUCCGAACUACAUAGGGACUACAUUAUUUUCACAGAGCGGCCGUGUGGGUGUUGUUCCUUUGUCGGAAAACGUGGUAACGGUGCUCAAGCGAUAUCAAUUGGAAAGAAUUGCGAUAAGUUCGGUAUCGUUGUACACGAGCUGGGUCACGUUGUCGGCUUCUGGCAUGAGCAUACGCGACCCGACAGAGACAGGCAUGUCCAAAUCAUCAGGGACAAUAUUAUGACAGGACAAGAGUAUAAUUUCAAUAAACUAACGGAAGAAGAAGUGAACUCAUUGGGGCAGACUUAUGACUAUGAUUCUAUAAUGCACUACGCGCGAAACACUUUUAGCAAGGGUACAUAUUUAGACACGAUAUUACCGCUAGAAGUACAUGGAAAGAAGAGACCGGAGAUUGGGCAGAGAGUGAGAUUAAGUGCCAGUGACAUCGCCCAAACUAAUCUUCUUUAUAAAUGUGCUAAAUGCGGCAAAACUUUCUUAGGAAAUUCGGGAUGGUUCAACUCGCCGGGUUGGGGGACAGAAACACCUCCAGCAACACCCGAGCGUUGCGAAUGGCGUAUUGUUGCAACGCAUGGGGAAAGAGUCGUCCUUAAUAUAACUGAAAUCGAUAUCCACAAAACAGAUGGAUGCCGUUCAGAAUGGGUUGAUGUGCUUGACGGGUAUAUGCCUGAUGCGCCCGUUUUGGGCCGGAUUUGUGGCUCCGGGAAGGGACCAGUGCUGUGGUCCACGGGAUCAAGACUAACCGUCGUUUAUCAACCUGGACCGCGAUCUAAACCGAAUCGUGGAUUCAGAGCUUAUUAUGAAGCGGUAUGCGGAGGAGACAUAGACGUCGACAGCAGCGGUCAUUUGGAGUCACCGAAUUAUCCGGAUGACUAUCAACCGAAUAAGCUAUGUGUUUGGCGACUCACUGUUCCACAGGACUAUCAAGUAGCUCUUCGUUUCCAUUCGUUUGAAGUGGAGAACCAUGACACAUGUAACUACGACAAAGUGAAAGUGCGAGAUGGUGACUCCAUGGAUAGUCCACUUAUUGGCAUGUUUUGUGGGCACAAAAUACCGCCAGAUAUCAGGUCAACAUCAAACAAACUUUUAGUAAUUUUCGAAUCAGACAGUUCAGUACAAAAAGCGGGUUUUUCUGCGACGUUUAUGAAAGAGUUCGACGAAUGCGCUUCCAUAGACCACGGCUGCAGCCAUUCUUGUGUUAACACUCUCGGUGGGUAUGAGUGCGCUUGUGAUAUUGGAUAUGAACUGCAUUCGGAUGGCAAGAAGUGUGAGAACGCAUGUGGUGGAGUACUAUACGCUCCAAAUGGAACAAUAACUUCGCCGUCAUUUCCCGAUCUGUACCCUCCAUCUAAGAAUUGUUUAUGGGAGAUCGUGGCGCCUCCACAGCAUCGGAUAACAUUAAAUUUCACACACUUCGACUUGGAAGGCAGCAAUAAUAUGUAUCACCAGGAAUGUGAAUAUGACAGUGUAACAGUCCACUCGCGUUUGGGUGCCGAUGUUUUGCGGCGACAUGGUGCGUUUUGUGGCUCCAUUUUACCACCUCCCGUCACCUCAGAUGGCUCGGUUUUGCGUGUUCAGUUUACAUCAGACACAUCAGUCCAUCACUCAGGUUUCGCAGCAGCGUAUUACAUAGACGUAGACGAAUGCUCGGAUAAUAAUGGCGGAUGUCAGCACGAGUGUCACAACACGCUGGGAGGUUACGAGUGCGCUUGUCAUAGUGGCUUCACGUUACACCCCAAUAAACACGAUUGCAAAGAGGGCGGGUGUAAGCAUGAUAUAACGCAUCCACAUGGGACUAUUUUCAGUCCAAACUAUCCCGAUUCGUAUCCGUCCCGUAAAGACUGCGUGUGGCAAUUCUCCACGACACCGGGACAUCGGAUCAAAUUGAUAUUCAAUGUAUUUGAAUUGGAGCCACAUCAGGAAUGCACAUACGACCAUGUGACAAUUUACGACGGUGCAUCAGCUGAUGAGAAGACGUUGGGUCGAUUCUGUGGCAGCAAGUUGCCACACCCUGUAGUCGCUUCACAGAACCUCAUGUAUGUGGUGUUCAAGUCUGAUGCCUCCGUACAGAGGAAGGGUUUCUUCGCUACUUACUCCACUGCAUGUGGCGGCUACCUAAGCGCAACUGACACAGUAAAACACUUAUAUUCCCACGCUCGAUAUGGACACGAUUCAUAUGAGUCCCAUGCCAACUGCGAUUGGAGUAUUGUGGCACCAGUUGGCCAAUUCGUUAGACUCACAUUCCUCACAUUCGAGUUGGAACCAGAGGCCAACUGCGGUUAUGACUUUGUCCAAAUCUUAGGAGGAUUAGAAGGAAGCGUUGGGCCGUAUGGAAAUUAUUGUGGAACUAAGAUGCCUCCAGAAAUUGUAUCAACAACAGAAGCAUUACUUGUGAAAUUCCGUACGGACGAUUCCAUCGUAUUCAAAGGCUUUUCCGCGUCGUACCAAGCCGUGAAGCCAGAUGUAUGGAGUGGGGAGGACAGCUCCGAAGGUGGGGAGGAUGAUGAGGAAGAGGAUGAGCAGAUGCCUCCCCUCGUGGUGGGGAGGGGUCUACGAGGGUCGACGAGAUAUGUUAGACGGCCUACGUGA